GUAUUUUCGCCUCUGUGUGCCACACGGGUGAAGGAGCAUACAGUCUAAGACGACGUUUAAUGCAUGUCGUCUCAUCAAUUGCACGGACGAGUCACCAACGGUCCAUCUGCUAGCAUAGCAAACUCAUUUUAUAUUAUAUACUGUACAUAUAUCGUUGUCUUUACCACCUUCUCUUUACUCUCACCGGUACACAUCCGUGAGCAGAGCACUUCUCGGGGCAUCGUUACGCACAUACACACACACACACACACACACGUGCGUGCCUCAUCGCUGCACUGGGCACCUGCUCCCAACUGCUUCCCCACUUUCUUGCCUCAGCUAUAUCUACAUAUAUAUAUUUAUAUAUGGAUAUCUGUUUUUCUUUCUCUUUCAUAGAACUGUAGGCGUACGUUUCUGUUUUAGCUCAAUUUCGCUGUGCUGCCCCUUUUUCCGUUUCUAGCGGUGCCUCCGCUGUGCCAAGAGUUGUGUCUCACCGGCCGUUGACCUCAUCCGGCAACUUUCGGGGUUUCUCUCCGAGGGUAAUCUAUUUUGGUUUUCUGGUCUUUGCUCGAACACUUCUAGAGCGCAUUUGAACCGCUUACACCCCUCUCUCCUCAGCGCACCCCACGCAGAGGCACGCCAUGCUUCCGCAAAGCGCAUCUGGGCAGCGACCCACCGCUGGCAGCAACGCCCCUCUCUACGCGGCUUCAUAUCUUUCCUCGACCCCCAGCUCCUCUGUCCAGGCGCCUUUCCAAUCUUCCAGUACGCACGGCGCCAUGCCACUCUCCGCUGGCCCAGCCAUCACUUCAACUCCUUUCGCGCAGUCACCGUACAUCCCAGGACGGAUACCUGACCCGUCUACGCAACACAGCUACGGUGCCGCCUCCCCAAGCUUCACCUCCUCCACACAUCCCCUUCUUCGCUCCUCCAUGGCGGACAACUCGACUCUGUCAACGCAUUCCACUGCAUCUGCGUCGGCCGCUGCCUCGCGCAUUGAAGUGCGCAACGUGGCGGAGUUGGUGCGACAGCUGGCGGAAUCGCGCCACACCGCACGUCAGCUUCAGCAGCGACUGCACCAGGCGGAGGCUUCGACUAUGGUGGACGCCGCUGUGUCGACCGACGAUGGCAAGUGCAGUGGGACUGCACAGGAACAGAGUAGCACUGGUGAGAGAACAUUAGCAGCGUCACCGCUGCCCCCGCCUGCCUCAUCACUUCCUCCACCUCCCGACUCACCAGAGAAGCAGCAAAGACCCCGGAAACGUCCUGACGGCAUCCGACGUCGUCGCGGAGCCGACGCACGCGAGACCUCGCCAUCGCGAAGACGCCCUUCGUUGCCGUCCACCGCGGAUGCUGAGGGCGGCGACUUCCUUCUCUCUCCCAGCUCUGUCUCCCCUUCCUCGUCUUCGUCGUCGUCGCUGCUGUCUACGAGCACGUUCUUGUCCACCAGCGGUCUCAGCUCCAUCGCAAGCGCUGGGGCAGCGGUGUCUCUGCCGCACGCACGUCGCGAUGCCUCGACGCCGUUUUCUGUCCACUCAACGAGACAGGAGGAGAAUACAUCUCCUGGGAAACGAAAAGCCCACCAACGCGUACACGCGGCAAGAGAUGCUGACCAAGAUGGCAGUCGCUGCCGUGAACCGUCUCGCUCGAAGAGGGACACACAAUCGUCACCGAAGGCCGAUGAGAGCCGCAGCGCCGGUGCGGCGCCGGUGGCAAACAGUCUCCGCGAAAGGAGGGAGUUGUCGCACCGCUCCGCGCAUCGCCACACGUCUCGAACAGCUAGUAGGCACAGAAGAGUGAAGGGAACGGCGAGGGAGACACGCAAGCAUCUCAGUGGAGGCGUCGCCGCCAACCCGCCGGCCUCGAGGCACCGCCACCGCCACCCCGCGAGGCACGACACGUGUGCGCGAGCAAGUCGAAGUCCGUCCGCCCAUCGUCAACGCCAUCGUCAUCCUCAGCUCCGUUCUCCACCAGGUCACCAUGCGACGUCCCUCUCGGAAAACCACCAGCGAGAGCAGGAGGCGAAGGAAUUAAAACGCGCACGGCGGUGGCAAAGGCGCUACUACGAUUUGAUGUCGCAGUACGCGGAUGAGACGGCCCAGCGCGAGGCAGAGCUCGCGGACAUACACGACCUGAUUGAGUACAUGAGCUGGGAACAGGAUCGCUCGUGUCUCCGUCAUCGGCUGCACACCUCGGCGGCGGCCAUCACCGAUGAACACGGAAAGCGGGAUGCGGUGGUGACAGAUGCAAACAAAGAUGGAGAGCAGGUCCACAAAACGCCAACGAGGCGGGAGACUCGAGGGACGUCGCCGCAGCGGGCGGUGCCUUCUUCCGCGACGGGAGAGGCCGUGGGAGAAAGCGGUGGUGUGCGCGAUCCAAAGGGUGCGGACAACGGGAACGGUUCCUCCACACCUUCAAGGCACCUCAGUACCCAAGCGGAGUGGCGCCGUUCGCCCCACAAGGCGAUACACGCGCCCCAACACAGCGCAGCAGAUCACUCACAUGAUGACGAAUCGAAGAAGUCAUCGGUGGCGGGUGAAGAGGAGCACAGCGAUGGAUCGUCCAGCAGUGACGGGGCUCCGAACGGCGUCGGAGAAGGUGAUAUUGACAAAGGUACGACGACCGCCACCGAGUACGUGCGGUCGUUGCGCAACGAGGCAGAGGCGUGGCGACUGCGCUGCCUGGAACUUCUGCAGCGGCAGUCGGCGCCCAACCCAGACUUCAUGAAACUUUCGAGUGCAUCUUACCACGAAACCUCACACGCCGAAUCCGUGCUGCUCGAAGGGACGUCGAGCAUGGUGGCGAUGCCCCCACCUUUGCCGCCGCGACCGCAGCAGCGCAGCUCUCGCGACAGCACCGAAGGGACAUCACAUCAGCCGGCAGACCUGGCGGUGAGCUGUGACAGCUCAGUGACGCCGCGAACACGGGAGGCUGAGUGUGGGAAGGGAAGAGCUAGUCAAGGUGGAAAGGAUAAGUAUCACGACACCGAAGCGGCACCGCCGUCCACUGUGGACAGUCCACCACCGCGAUUGUCCCGUGUCCAGUAUCAGCGUGUCACGGCCGGCACCAACACCUCGCCUCCUUUUCCUUCCGCAUUGACGUCUGCCCUUCCGGUGAACUCCUCCCCAGGCAACUCCGGUCUGCCGGCGUUAUUAUCAUCAUCAUCAUCAGCUGCUGCUGCUGCUCCGCAACUGCACCGCUACGCACCUCCGCCAGAGCUGCCAGCGUCUGCCCCGUCCCAGAGGGAAAGCGCGCGGCCUCCCACCGCGUCUGCGGCCGCCAUGCACGCCCUCUACCUCGCCACCGAGCAGCGUUAUGUGGACCUGUCGCCGCUGUCGUCCGCCGGCUCCCCGCAGCGGCCGCCGCUUUUUGUGGGGCUGCCCGACUACCGUUCCGCCGAGCAGGGUUGGUACUCACCCAUGAAGUGGUCUGCCGCUACGGCUGCUGCCGAGGCGGAGGUGGAGCCGGAUGUGUCACAUCUGUUUUCUUCUCCUCAGCCUGCACACGUGCAUCUUCAGCCACCCUUCUCGCCGUACGGACCGGCGCUAUUCCAAGCAACGCCCCUGACAUCGCCGGCUACAACGGCUGAGAUGGUCGUUGCACGGGAGCAGCUGGAGCGGGACAUACGGCGGCACGAUCAGCUGCUAGCUGCUAUUGGCAAGUUGCAAAAAACUGCCUCCGAGCACGCGGCGCGGCGGCUCGUGUGA